CGAGCCGCAGAUGGUCUCUCCCGGCCGCUACUAGAGGCUUAGCGUUGAGAGCCACAUGUUGAGUGAACAGACGGCGGCUAGCACUAGCAGCGGCGAGCAUCAGGAGAGGAGCGUCGUCGAGGACAGGCGGCUACAGCCGGUGGGGGAGAACGAGGAGGCGGAGUUCAGGGACAUCCACGCGCUGAGCCCGCCGCCGAGCCAGCCUUCGUCGUACCGCCGGAGCAGGCACGCGUCCGUCGGGAGCGACACCGCGUCCAGCGAGCCCUUCCCGACCAUGAGCAGGGAGUUCUCGGCCAUGGUCGCCGCCGCAGCAGCCAUCGCCAACGGUGCCGCCGCCGACAGGCUCGGGGAGGCCGAGGACGAGGAGACCAACCCGCUGGCCAUCGUGCCGGACAGCAACCCCAUCCCGUCGCCGCGCCGGGCCCGGGGCCCGCCCACCCCAGGCGCCGGCGCCGCCCACGCCAACGGCGACGGUGGGGUGUCCGUGGGGCAGGUCAGGAAGGAGGAGGUGGAGUCCAAGAUCGCCGCGUGGCAGAUCGCCGAGGUGGCCAAGGUCAACAACCGGUUCAAGCGCGAGGAGGUCGUCAUCAACGGCUGGGAGGGCGACCAGGUGGAGAAGGCCGGCGCCUGGCUCAACAAGUACGAGGUAGUCAGUCCAUCGCAUCGAUCUACACCUCCACACUCACUGACUAGCGUCGUCCGAACUGUCCAGUGCUUGCUGACUGAUACCAACGCAUGUAAUGUGCAGAGGAAGCUCGAGGAGAAGCGCGCCAAGGCGAUGGAGAAGGCGCAGAACGAGGUGGCCAGGGCGCGGCACAAGGCGGAGGCGAAGCGCGCGUCGGCGGAGGCCAAGCGGGGCACCAAGGUCGCGCGGGUGCUGGAGCUCGCCAACUUCAUGAGGGCCGUGGGGAGGGCGCCCUCCGCCAAGCGCUCCUUCUUCUGAACCCUCCCCCACCGCCCACCGGGCCUCUCCUCCUUCACCAGUUCCUCUGCCCUGCUCUGCUCGUCGUCGCCGCCCGCCGCCUGUGCAGUUCAGUUGCAUCGUUCACCGCUUCACUCCACGGGAUCAGACAGAGUGAUCAGUGCCGUGCUUAGCUGUGUGGAACGCUUGUUUUAGUGCUGUGUCCACAUGUAUGAUUUGUAACCUUUUCUUCUCCCUCCUGUUUAUGUCAGUACACGAAGGAUGUGCUCUGCCGGAGUGUUGAGGGCAAGAGCUGCCUGUAUUUUGUUGAUAUUUCGUCAUCAACAGCUGUGUAUGUCAGUACGAACAAGAUAAUGGAAGUCCAUUACCACUGUGUAAAGUGU